AGCAAACGCAUAGAACUUUGCUUAUAAAUAUGGGGAAGAGCCGGGUUGUUUUAAACUCAAAGCACACUGAGUCUUAUCACUCACUUUAACACACACACUUAUAAUUCAUAGAUAUAGAGAGAAAGAGAGAUGACUGUUGCUGGAGGAAAGAGAUCAGCAGCAGAAAAAUGGUCACCGGUUAUGGCAAUUGUGGUAGCAAACGUAGCGAUGGGGUCAGUGAACGCACUUGUGAAGAAAGCUCUUGAUGGUGGUGUGAACCAUAUGGUCAUUGGUGCUUAUCGAAUGGCUAUUUCUGCUUUCAUUUUGGCUCCUAUCGCCUAUUUCUUGGAAAGGAAAACAAGACCGGAGCUGACGCUUAGGUUACUGGUCGAUCAUUUCAUCAGCGGUUUGCUUGGGGCAAGUUUGAUGCAGUUUUUCUUCAUGCUUGGUCUACUGUACACGUCAGCAACGGUUUCGGGUGCUUUUAUAAGCAUGUUGCCUGCAAUUACCUUCGCUUUGUCCCUUAUUUUAAGGAAGGAAAGUGUAAAAGAUAUAGGGAGCAUAACAGGAAUGUUAAAAGUGAUGGGAACUUUGAUAUGCGUAAGUGGAGCAUUGUUGUUAACAUUUUACAAAGGUCCUAAGAUAUCACACUUUCACUCUGAUCAAGAGGCUCUUCACCACAACGAUCAACAUAAGACCAAUAAUUGGCUUCUUGGGUGUCUCUACGCAACCAUAGGAACCUCAUUUCUGUCUCUAUGGAUGAUUUUUCAAGGGACAUUAAACAUUAAGUAUCCUUGCAAAUACACGAGCACUUGUCUCAUGUCGGUUUUCGGCUCAUUCCAAUGCGCUCUCUUGAGUCUUUACAAGAGGAGAGAUGCCAAAGACUGGGUCAUGGAUGAUAGAUUCGUCAUUUGGGUCAUUGUAUACGCUGGAAUAGUGGGGCAAGCGAUGUCGACAGUAGCAACAUCAUGGUCGAUAAAGAAAGUAGGAGCCGUUUUCGCAUCAACAUUUAGUCCCAUUAUCCUCAUUUCAGCGACUCUGUUCGAUUACCUCAUCUUACACACUCCUUUGUACCUCGGCAGUAUAAUUGGAUCUGUGGUGGCAGUAACGGGUCUAUACGUGUUCUUAUGGGGUAGGAACAAAGAAAUGAAAGCAGCAGAGACAUUGUGUCUUCCCAUCCAAAAAGAUGAUAAAAAUAACAAUAAUAAUGAUAGUAACGGUAAUAACGGGCACGGCUCUGGAUCAUCCGUGGAAAGCAGUCAUGCAGAUGAUUGAGAGACAAUUAAGUAUCACGUUUAAUAUAGUUUUAAGUUAUUCUCAUUACUAAGUACAUUUGUAUGUGUCAUAAUAAUUAAUUAGCAAUAUUAUAAAAAACACUCCUUUCAUUUCUACAAAAUGAUGUUUUGAGAUUUUUUUUUUUGUUUUACAAAUAUCG